CAAACAUUCAGUUCGCUAUGAACGCUUCCCUCUCUGAUUUUUGGUGUAUAAUAAAAGGUAAGAAGACUUAUUUUAACUUACAGUUUAUAUCAAAUUAUAAGUCGCGUUCACUAAGCAUAAAACAACCACAAAUAUCACACUAUACCAAGGCUAAAGAGCUGGCGGCCCAGCAUGAUCCAGAGUUGAAUGUAGAUGAAGCUGAAGUGUCUUUCUGCAACAAUUUUAUUCUGCAAAUUCUAAAAGUCAUAAAGCAUCAACCAAGCCUUUUCAAUGAUACUAUUAAUAAUUCUGAAUGGGAUUAUAUUGUGAAGUUUUGGGGAGUCGUCAUCGAACGCUUAUUCCAUUUCACUGAUCUGCGUUUAAAAUGGGGCGACACGUACCUGACAUUGGCCGACACAAUUAAAAACAUGCCUCUCAAGGUUGAUCUUCGAAUUCUGCAUGAUGGCAUUCGACAAAGGUAUAAUGUUAAAAACGAAGUGGGUGUCGCAGAAGUGUCAGAUGAAGACCCAGGAGACGCGAAAUUCACUAGUGAUAGAUGUAAACUUUUGAUUGAAAGCAAAAGCAUCAAUCAACGCAAGCUGAUGACUUGCGCUUACUAGGAAUUCCUCGUUGAAGAGCAAUAAUUGCAAUGCUCUAUCCCAAGCACGAUGAAGUUUCAAAAGUUUACCCAGACCUUCCGG